UUUGAAACAGCAGCUAAUCCGGGCAUGUGUUUCAGCUCCUCCGCUUCUGAUGCAGAAUUUGAUGCUGUGGUUGGAUAUUUAGAGGAUAUUAUCAUGGAUGAUGAGUUCCAGUUGUUACAGAGAAAUUUCAUGGACAAGUACUACCAGGAAUUUGAAGACACAGAAGAGAAUAAACUUACCUACACACCUAUUUUUAAUGAAUAUAUUUCUUUGGUAGAAAAGUACAUCGAAGAACAGCUGCUGGAGCGAAUUCCUGGAUUCAACAUGGCAGCUUUCACAACAACGUUACAGCAUCAUAAAGAUGAAGUGGCUGGUGAUAUAUUCGACAUGCUGCUCACAUUCACGGAUUUUCUGGCCUUUAAAGAAAUGUUUCUGGACUACAAAGCAGAAAAAGAAGGCCGGGGACUGGACUUAAGCAGUGGUUUAGUGGUGACUUCGUUGUGCAAAUCAUCUUCUAUGCCAGGUUCCCAGAACAAUUUAUGGCACUAGGUCCUACCUCCAGCCAAGGAAUAGGAUCGUUCCAGAUGUCACUGGCCCAGUAGGCCAAUAGGCUCAGCUAAUGAUGACAAAAGAGUACAUCUUGGAAGGACUAACUGUUUUGCAACUUUUCAUUCCUGUUAAGUAUUGAUGGGUCAAAAACAAAAUAACCUGACUCUCUUGGACCUAUUUCUCUGAAACACCUUCUUGUAUUCAUGAACCUUAGUACUCCUCCCUGAGUGCAUUAGUAACCCUAGUCCACUUCCCUUCCCCGAGGCAGGUACUUCUCUCGGGCACUUCUGAGUCCAACUCUUCUGGAGGAAGCCCAUGUUGAGCAUUCCACCUGGGACCCCUUCCUCCAGCAUACAUGUUGGCACGUCAGCAGCGUGAACUAUCCACCAUCACAAACCCUCUGUGUCCCAGCAGGCUUUGCAUGAAUCUUUUUAUGUGCUCAUAUCUCUUUUACAUGGGUCAGAGUUUCAGUUCUUCAGCCUCAGUGGGGUUUUUGAUAUUUAUCUAGGGUGUUACUCAAGCUAGCUGCCCAUCUUGAGAUUUCUGAGUCUCCUAUAAUCACAGCUUGUCUUGGUUGUAGCAGUCAUCGGAAAGUGAUGUCUUUUACCUAAAAUUUUCAUGUGAGAGUCAACUCCUAGUUUUCACAUUUGCAGUCCUUGUGUCACUAUGUCUUCUGCUGAUCCUGAUAUAGUCCCACUGUUUCUAGAAGUCUCUUUUAAGCAUUAUUUUUGAAAAAAAUAUUUUUAUAGAUGAAAACUCAGGCUAACCUGUGGCAAUGAUCUUGGAAUUUCCAUGAUUACCCACUUAAAGAUCAAAGUAUUAUAUGCUGUGUGCUUUUUAGCUGUUAGUGCUAUGAAGGCAAAAAUGCUUUCUACGUUGGUGUUUGUUACUGGGCAUCAAUGAAUAUGUACUGUGUGCUGGAAAUAGACUGAAAGGUAUCCUGCUCUUAUAGCAUGUUAGUGUGUUUGCAUGUUUGCUGAAAAUCCUGUCUGUGUAAACCAGUUUAUUAGGUUCUCUGCCAGGGGAGGCAGGGACUUUGCAAUUUCUUCCUCCUGUCCAGAUCUCUCCUACCAAGACAGUGUUCCACUGGUCUGGCUCAGCAUGAGUAGGAGGUAGCAAACAGCUUUAUCAGUCAUCUGUCUGCUUUGGUUUAGUGCAGUGUUUGGUAGCAUAUUACUUACCAGAAAACAUAUCAUCUCUACAAAGUAGAAAAAACAUAGUAAUUCAAUUCCCAAUGUGUACCUUUGGUUUUUUUUCUUAAAGUAAAAUAAUCUGCACUGACUUUUCACUUCGCUAUUCUGGUUUUCAAGGACAAGCUACAAGUUGUGUGCUUUUCUGUACUGUGUCACUUAUUAAAUACUUUUGUACCAUGAGUAAAA